CAACCACUUUUCAGUCACUCGCCAUCCAACCACUCGAGCGGUUCGUCGCUUGCCGUAGCGUGCAGUUCUUUCCCCAGUUCGAAGAGUCGGUUGCCACACCGAUCAUCGCGCCUUCAUCAACAUCACAAGAUCGGUUGGUUGCGAGACCGCUUGCAAAAUUGUCCAUUCGUGUGUGUGUGUGUGUUUGCCUGUCGGUGUGCUUUUUUUGUCAUCCCUCAAACUGUGUGUUGUCAUUUUUGCGUGCAUUUCUACCGCCCCACAAACAACCCUGCCAUCUUGACCCGGAGAGAUUCAUACCCUCCCGCGAUCGCGUAGCGUGUGUGUGCGUGAUCAAGUGCUCGGUUUCGGCGUUCAUUUGUAUUUAUUUGGGUAACGGCGCCGUGUGCAAUAAAGAAAAUCGUUUCACCCCGCCUGCUUGAUCGUAGGGGUUGAUCGUGAAGACGAACCGCGAAGACCCCAAAACGCGUAUUUCUGUGUGUGUGCCUAUGUGUGUGUGUAGGGGGUGAGCUAGUGUAUUGCGGCUCGAAAUCGAAAUUCCGCAGUGAGAAAGUUUUGUUAUUUUUUCUUCACGGUCUCUCUCUCUCUCUCGCUCUUUCCCCCCCUUGGAGCCGCCGAGAGGUUCUUCACGCGGCACCUCUUAUCGGACCACCGGAUUGCGCAUCGAAGCAAUUGCACACACCAGCCAAACGAGGUGAUUGAUUUGAGCGAAAGAAAUUCACCCCUAAAUUUUGGAGCAGUGUGUGUGAGUGUGUGAGAGAGAAAGAGGGGGUGAAACAGUCAUUUUUACAAGAGGGGAAGUAAAAUCGGUGCAGUGUGUGUGUGGUUGCCCCUGAUUCCUGAUUAUCUCUGUGAAGUGUUCCUUUUUUCCUUUCGUCCACCAAAAAAAAGAAGGCAGCCGCUGCGUGAAUUUUGGAAAAUGGUGUGCGCAAUUGUGUCGAAUUGGUGUUAGAGUGUUUGGCGAUCGUACAUUUUCUUAUCGACAACGCACACACAACAACCUUCUCCAGCGCUCGUCCCCGGGGUGUCAACGCGGCACGGCAAAAAGGAAGAUCGUGAUACGCCGCAGCGAGAUGAUGAAACGAGCGCUAAUUGGAUUGCGUGCGAGACGGAGGCCACGACCGUUGGCGGCCGGGCCGGGACAGUUGCUGUUGCUGCUGUUCCUGCUGGCAUUUGAUGCCGUCUCAUUCACAAAUGCGUUCAUCGUGCCGGAGGAGCUGCCAUCGAUACUUUCCCUGGUCUAUUCCAACAUUCCACCGAUCAAGAAAGGAACUGACUCUCGGAUAGGCUUUGGCUUCCGUCUCGGUGAGCAUGCCGACUUUCAGGUGCAGCUGGAACUGGGACCGCAGCUUAAUACGCGACCAAUUGGAGCAGCAGCAGGCAGCAGCAAACGUUACGUGGACAAUGACGAGUAUGCCAACUCGGUUCGGAACCCAACCCGUCCCGGUGGAUCCACCUCCUGGCUGCAGGCCUGGUCCAAGCAGACGAAGCAGCGCCAGCAGUUCAACAAGGACAAGCUGCGGGACUCGCUGAUGCCACCGGCACCGAUCAUGAACGAGGGCGCCUACAACCAGCUGCAGCAGCUGUACGAGAUGAACAAGCAGCGCGAGUACGAGGACACGAUCGGUACACUUCCGGCGGAAGUGCUCGAGUCACGGAUCAGUCAGCUUAAGGCACUACACCAACCGACCGUGGCGUCGUUCAAACCGAUGCCCAACGAAGCCCGAUCAGGACAAACGAACAGUGGAGCCGUGGAAGCGUCAAAGGAUGGAACCAACCAGCAAGACGAGCAAGCGGGAGUGAUAGUUGUUACACCGGACGUUCCUGCCAGCACAAGCACAACCGUCCAGCCAACGGAAUCAGCCACCCCGGUAACGACAAGCGAACGGGCACGCGGAACGGUCGACAGUGGCCGAAGGAAUGUAAGACGACGUACCAAUCGACCGGUCAGCAAGUGGGACAAGGAACGCAUUACGGCCCAGCUGUCGGACGUGUCGUUGGACUAGUUGAAGCACAGUGGCUCACAGUGGAUAGUGUAUUAUAUUUGUUAAAAAUUCCUUCGAAAACAGAGGUUCAGUUGUGAACAACACACGGUGGUUUGUAAAUAGUUUUCUCGCGGUUUUAGGAUGUGAUAUUGAUACUAUUUAUUUACCUUCCUUACGGAUGCGGCUCGGAGGUGCGUCUGUGUAUUGUUAAAAUUUCGUAAACGUUAGCGGUGUUCGAAUUGGCUGGAUUGUUGCGGCAGUUGCGGCGUACCAGGGUGGGAUGUACUUAUUUUAGGUUGCAAAGAAGAACAAAAUACGGAAACGUUGCAAGAAAGGGUCAGCUAGGAAUGGAAAACACAAUGAGCGAGGGGAAGGGUUUAUUUAUUAGAUGUGCAAGGCAUAGAGCGAAACUACAAACAAGGCAAAUAAUAGCAAUAAAGACGGGACUAAAAAGUAAUG